AUGGAUCUCCUUCACAGCAAUGGAGUGCUUAUCAUUCAGCAUUUACAGAGAGACUACAGGGCUUACCAGGAUUUUCUUAAUUUUAUGUCACAUGUUGGUGAUCCUCGGAAUAUAUUUUCAAUUUAUUUUCCUCUUUGGUUUCAGCUCAACCAAGUGGUUGGUACUAAAAUGAUAUGGGUGGCUGUCAUUGGUGACUGGUUCAACCUCAUAUUUAAAUGGAUUUUAUUUGGCCAUCGCCCUUACUGGUGGGUGCAAGAAACAAUGAUCUAUCCUAAUCAGUCAAGCCCAUGCCUUGAACAGUUUCCUAUAACAUGUGAAACAGGACCAGGAAGCCCAUCUGGACAUGCCAUGGGAUCAUCCUGCGUUUGGUACGUAAUGGUCACAGCAGCACUUAGCUACACAGUUAGAUGGAAAGAUAAAUCAGCUGUUACCCUUCACAGACUGACAUGGUCAUUCCUCUGGAGUGUUUUUUGGAUUAUCCAGAUCAGUGUGUGCAUCUCAAGAGUAUUCAUAGCAACACAUUUCCCUCAUCAAGUUGUUCUUGGAGUAUUUGCUGGCAUUCUUGUGGCAGAAGCAUUUGAGCACACCCCUGCUAUUCAGACUGCAAGCUUGAGAAUGUACAUCAAGACAAACUUGUUUCUUUUCAUCUUUGCCCUUGGCUUUUAUCUAUCCCUCAAGCUUCUUGAUAUUGACUUGCUAUGGUCUGUUCCAAAGGCCAAGAAGUGGUGUGCCAACCCAGACUGGAUAAACAUUGAUACAACUCCUUUUGCUGGAUUGGUGAGGAAUUUAGGUGCACUCUUUGGUUUAGGUCUUGGAAUUAAUUCUGAAAUGUUCAUCACGAGCUGCAAAGGUAAAAAUAGCUGCAGGAUAAGUUUCCGCAUAUUGUGUAUAGCUGCUUCUUUAGCUGCCCUGCAGCUGUAUAAUUUUGUUAAGAUACCUACUCAUACUGAGUAUUUGUUCUACAUUCUCUCUUUUUGUAAGAGCGCAGCUAUGCCUCUGACUGUAGUUGCCUUGGUUCCAUACUGUGUCCACUCGUUAAUGAGGACAACUGAAAAGAAACUUAAUUAGGUAAAGUUUCAAAGUGCUUAGCAAUGUGGGGAUGGAUGUGAACUGUUCGAGAACCCUCUGCAAAGGCAGUUUUGCUAGUUCAUUUAAACCGAGGGGAUGCCAGUGCAUCUUUGAUGUACUCCUGGUAAGUAACCAGUACAUCCAAAAUCAGUACACUGAAGCAGCUGAGAAAUAUUAGUUGCCUGAUUUUAUUCCUAGAAAUAUUGCAAGCGCACUGCAGUAUGGGUAGAAAUGGCCCAAUAUCUGGGUCAUAAGGAAGUUUUAAAGUAUAACCAACCAUCUUUACUUAGCUAUAUGGUGGUCUUUUAGUUCUGUCCAUCUCUAGCUAGAUAAUGCUUCAAGCAUGAGUUGUACAUAGUGAUACUCAGUAUUUAAUUUUUUUGUAAAUAGAUACUGUGUGUUAUACUGCUACUGCUAUGGUGUGACAGUAUCACGCCACCUACUGUUCAGCUGUCCCCAGGCACCGUGAAAAAGGCCAGCAUAGUCAUAAACAAGGCUUUAGAUUUAAUUUAUUGAGCUUCCUGAGCAAACCAACUUCUGAUUAAGUCAGAUGAGAAAAAAAAAAAGUUUCUUUCCAUUGGACUCUGUAGAAUAUAUUUUUUGCAUUACUGUGUAAUUUUUGUCAUUUUUACUUUUUCAAAGUGGUCACAUAAAUCAUGAAUUAUACAGAUCACAGCUUCGAUAGGGAAAAUCCUUAAAUAUGGUGUAAAAAAUCUUUGGUUUCUGUACAUCUACACAGAGCAACAAAUGAAAAAAGUUGUCAAUAAUGAAAUUAUCUCAGUAUAUGACUUGAAGAAUGUUGUUCGUGCUCCUGUAUUGCAAAGGUAAUUCUCUGCUAAUUCUCUCAAUCAACAGUCACAAGCCUGAAUCACUGUUAGCAGUUGUGUAAAUCAUGAAAAUAUGGUUGCAGACUGUCACUUCAAGUUUCUAUACUUUGUUUAACUAAGGACACAAGUAACUAAUAUGUUGAAUAUAUGUCUGCUAUAUAAAAUGGAUUUUCUAGAGGAGUACUUUCCAUUUUAUUCAUUAUUGGCAUCUAUUGUUGUAU